AUGACGGCAAUAAACGCACGGAUUGCAACAUUUGCCAAGACAAACUUGGCGGUGGAGAAGAGGAUGAAGACCGUCAAGGACAGCUUUCAAGAGCUGAAGGCCGAGUGGACCACGGCAAAAAAACAAGUGGCAGGAAACACUUCGCUUUCCGUCACAAUGUUCAACAACAUCAAGCAGGCAAUCCAGGACAUUCAAUAG